ACCUGGGGAGGCGGCGGCCAUCUCGCUCCCGACGGCGGAGCGGCUCCGUGGCGGGCAGGGCCCGGCCGGGCUACGCGGGACGGGCUGAGUUUCGUUUCUUGGGCGUUAGGUUUCUCUUUUGCUUCCGCGGCUUCGGGGCGGGCCGGGCCCGCAGCCCCUCCUCCUGGCUCCCUCUUGGCUGGCCCGCAGCUGUUGUCUGAGGGCGCGGCCUCGGCGGCCAACCCGCACGCCCCUCAGACCGCGGGUCCCCGGACCCUUCCCGGCCUGCGGGCCCGCGGGGCGUCCCGGAGGGCGAGCGGGGGGCAGUCUGUGGCCAGAAAUGCCCGGCGGGCUUGACCUCCCGGCGGUGGGUCCGGGGGAGCGAACUGCCGCUAGCCUUCGUGAUUCGUUUAAAUUCCAGCCGCUUCCGACCCGUCAAGCCCUCCAGCCCAAAUCGCUAGGUCACCACCAGCUCUCCCGUUUCCCCUCUAGUCUGCGGGUCGUGUUGGUUCCGGAGCGCCUCGGGUUCUUGGAAAUCCUUCAGCCCGUUUAAUAUCUAGGAAUCUUAAAUCCGAGGGAGCAGUCACUCAGUCUGAAUUAAAAAGCCUAAAAUGUAGGCGUGGCCUUCCUGCCUGGUUAUACUUUAAAAGUUGGCGUUGUUAUGCAAAAAAAGUACCUCUUCCCUUGAGGAUGUUGGCCCUGGCCGAGGAAUGGCAGCUCCCGUCUCAUUAAGUAUUUCAUUCACAUUGUAAUACCUUUGCUUCAGAAGUGGCGUUUUUUUCCCCUUUGAGUUUCAUUCAUUUAGUCAGAUUACUGCCUAGACCUGGUAUCAUCAGACCGGAACAUCUUUCCUGCUGAGUGUGAAAUGUAUCUGGGUUUACUUUAUAUUUACUUGACUGUUUGUGGAGUUGAAAGUUUCUCUAUUCAUAGUCUUUGCACAUUUUUCUAUUUUCCUUUAAGGGAAAUUUUUAUUGAUUCCUGAGCGCACUUUACAUAUUUGGAAUAAAGUCUCUUUGGUUACCUAACGGGUUUAUUGAAUGAGGUAAUAUUUAGCAGGUGGAAUAUAGAGAGCCACUUAAUUUUUUUCCUACCACUGGCUUGAAACACUGUUUGCUAAUUCACCUGGGUGAAUCUGAGCAGAUUUUAAUGCUUUCCAGUUGGCUUCAGGUACUGUCAUAACUAACCCUAACUACUUUAAGAGCUCUUACUCAGUUUAAAGCCUGUACCUUCUUCUCAAAUUGGGCCAAAUUCUGGCCCAGAAAACUGGGAUGAGGAAAUGGAGUAAACUUUUUUUUUUCUUGCUAUUUCUUGCUCUUGGAUUCUCUUCUCCAUUCCCCGGCUUCUCCCAAGUUGUUGUCUCUGUCUCUUCAAGAUUGAGAAAAUGAGGGGCGUAAAGAUAAGGGUCCAAACAGUCUUGAGAGACUGGAAUUGUUAGCUGGCUUUCUGGGUGCAGCAGCUGUUCUUGUGCUAAAUCUUUCUUUUGUGGAUGAUAUUGGCUGUUUGGAACCUCUUUGGUGGAAAUCUCCCAUCUGCAGCUUCUGGGCUGUACUUCCACUGGUCUUUUGCUUUAGGACAGAGGUUGGCAAACUAGUUUAUGGGCCAAAUCCAGCCUGCCACCUGUUUUUGUAUGGCACACGAUCCUUAAAUGGUUGGGGGGAAAAUCAAAAGAACAAUAUUUCAUAACAUGAAAAAUUAUGUGGAGUAGACAUUUCAGUUCCCAUAAAUAAAGUUUCAUUGGAAUAAAGGCAUGCUCAUUCCUUUGCUAUAGCUUUGAAAUGCUUGCAUUAGGAGACGAUGUUGGGAUUAAUGAGUCUUUACAUUUGUAUAGACACAAAAGGUAUACAAAUUUUUAAAAAAUCAUUAGAGGGUCUGUAGAUCCUUGAAUGAAAUGCAGUGAUAAAAAUACUUUUUGCCUCCAUGUUUCUAAGUAAAAUGCUGAUACUAUUUCAUUGUUUAUCAGAAAUCCUGCUAGUGAGACACACACUCUCACUUCCUCCAUUCUUAAAUGCUUUUUUGAUUGAAUUACUGUAUGAUUUAGCACUCUUAUGUUAUUCACAAAUGAACUGACCAUAACUGUGAUUAGAUUUUACUUGCUAUGUAGCUUUUUGUUUUCUCCUAAAUUAAUAAUUGAUUUGCAUUUUGUUUGCUUAGUUUUUCUGUGUACUGCUCACUUUUGCCUCCAAACUUACAGAGAACUGGAAAAUCUUUUCCAGAUGUGUUAAACACACUCAAUAUUUUGUCAGUUUUGUUGGCUCUGUUGUAAAUUUUGGACUUCCCUUUAUCACUUUUCUGGAAAUUUCCUUCCCCUUUUCAUCAUGUCUCCAUCCCACCACAUAUUCCUCUUUUGGAGUUUACUCCUUUGGCAGGCAACAGCAGCCGUGACUGAGAGCAUGGGUUCUGGAUCCCAUCUGGCAGGGUUCAAAUCCUGACCGAUAACUGAAUGUGUGACCUGAAGGAUGGAAAUAAUAAUCUUACCACCUGAAAAGGUUGUUUUAAAAAUUAAAGUAACGAGUGUAGCUUCCUGAGACACAGUACAUGGGAAGAAAAUUUUUAUGUCUUUUCUUGAAAUAUAUUUAUACUACUCUUGCUCUUUCUUUACGCAUGAUUUGGCUGGGCUUGUAAUUCUAGAUUAGAAAUGAUUUUUUUUUUUCCAGAACUUGAAAGCCAUGCUGUAUUGUUUAAUAGAACCCAAUGCAUUGUACUGAUACUUAGGCUGGAAACUAAAGUCCUUAGUAUUUGAAAGAUUUUCUCAUUUAUUUAACAAUAAUUUUCCUUCUAUUUUUCUUUUCUCUUUUGUGUUUUCCUUCUCGUUGCUUUCCUUUCCUUUCUGGGAGAUUUCCUCCUGCCUUUCGCUUACAUAUAUUUAAUUGUUAUGAACACUCUUACUCUCUGAAUGUCUUUUUGAAAUUUCCCUCAACAAAAUACAUGUACUUAUCACUGGGCAUAUUAAUCAUAGUAUUUUCGAACUUUUCUUUUGCAUACUGCAUUGCCUCUAUUUUCUUUAUGUUCUUUUUACUGCAUUGUUAUUUUACAUUUUCGUAUGUCUAGAGAUGGUUAGCCUUCUGCCUAUAUUUCCCAGUGAGACACUAAAAGCUGGUCGAAAGAUGUUCAUCCUGAGUGGAGCUAGUCCUUUUGUGGGCUUCAGUGUUGGAUGAUCAGCUUUGCCCGAAGUUUUUACAUACAAAUUCUACUAGUCACACUUGGCCAUUUAGUGCGGUUGCUGAAUUAAUAGAUAAUGCUUACGAUCCUGAUGUGAAUGCCAAACAGAUAUGGAUUGACAAAACAGUGAUAAAUGAUCAUGUAUGCCUGACUUUCACUGAUAAUGGGAACGGUAUGACUUCAGACAAGCUACAUAAAAUGCUAAGCUUUGGCUUCAGUGACAAAGUCACCAUGAAUGGUCACGUCCCAGUUGGAUUGUAUGGGAAUGGCUUCAAGUCAGGUUCUAUGCGUUUGGGUAAAGAUGCAAUCGUUUUUACCAAAAACGGAGAAAGCAUGAGCGUGGGCUUCUUGUCUCAGACCUACUUGGAAGUCAUAAAAGCAGAACAUGUUGUUGUCCCAAUAGUGGCAUUCAGCAAAGACCGGCAGAUAAUUAAUUCAACAGAAUCAAAAGCGAGCCUUGCUGCAAUUCUGGAACAUUCUCUGUUUUCUACGGAACAGAAAUUACUAGCAGAACUUGAUGCUAUCAUGAGUACGAAGGGGACAAGGAUCAUCAUUUGGAAUCUGAGAAGCUACAGAAAUGCAACAGAGUUUGAUUUUGAUAAGGAUAAAUAUGACAUCAGAAUUCCAGAAGAUUUAGAUGAUACAGCAGGGAAGAAAGGGUACAAGAAGCAGGAAAGAAUGGACCAAAUUGCCCCUGAAAGUGACUAUUCCCUGAGGGCUUACUGCAGUAUAUUAUACCUAAAGCCACGAAUGCAGAUCAUCUUGCGUGGACAGAAAGUGAAGACACAGCUGGUUUCAAAGAGUCUUGCCUACAUUGAACGUGAUAUUUAUCGACCCAAAUUUUUAACUAAUAGAACAGUGAGAAUUACUUUUGGAUUCAACUGCCGAAAUAAAGAUCAUUAUGGGAUAAUGAUGUAUCACAAUAAUAGACUCAUCAAAGCUUAUGAAAAAGUUGGAUGUCAGUUAAGGGCAAACAAUAUGGGUGUUGGAGUAGUGGGAAUUAUAGACUGUUAUUUCCUAAAGCCAACUCAUAAUAAGCAAGAUUUCGAUUAUACUAAUGAAUACAGGCUUACAGUAACAGCACUAGGAGAUAAGCUCAAUGAUUACUGGAAUGAAAUGAAGGUGAAGAAAAAUGCAGAAUAUCCUCUAAAUUUGCCAGUCGAAGAGAUAGAGAAACGUCCUGAUCAGAACUGGGUUCAAUGUGAUUCCUGUCUAAAGUGGCGAAAACUACCAGAUGGAAUAGAUCAACUUCCAGAAAAAUGGUAUUGCUCCAAUAACCCUGACCCACAGUUCAGAAAUUGUGAUGUUCCAGAAGAACCUGAAGAUGAAGAUUUGGUGCAUCCCACUUAUGAAAAAACCUACAAAAAGAAAGACAAGGAAAAAUCCAGGACCAAACUAUCAGAAACAAUCCCUCGGAUUCCUACCGAACUCUUUUUUCCAACAACCCCUGUCUCGAGUCAAAGUUUUUCUCCCGUUAAGGAAAGUGUUCCAAGAGGACAUCUUUCAGAAGCAGCAAAUACUUACACGAUGAGACUUAUAAAUAAUCAUCGAGGUUCACCCCAGUCUGAACCUGAGAGUAACAGCCUGAAAAGGAGACUCUCUACUCGUUCCUCAAUUUUGAAUGCAAAGAAUCGGAAAUUAAGUAAUCAAGUAUUUGAAAAUUCUCCUUAUAAAGAUGAUGAUGAAGAUGUCAUCAUCUUAGAGGAAAACAGUACUCCCAAGCCUGCAGUAGAUGAUGAUAUUGAAGUGAAAUUGCAACAGAGUCACAUGGAACAAAGUGGUGUUCAGGUGGAGCCUGUGGGUGAUAAUGAACCUUGUGGCCAGACUAGUUCUGCAGGCACCUCCUCAUCCAGGUGCGAUCAGGGAACUACUGCGGCCACCCAGACUGAAGUACCAAGUUUAGUCGUUAAGAAGGAAGAAACUGUGGAAGAUGAAAUAGAUGUAAGAAAUGACACAGCUAUGCUGCCAUCCUGUGUGGAAGCUGAAGGAAAGACACAUGAAACCCAGGAAACCUUUGAUAAAUCUGCUGGUGAUGCUGGUUGCCAGUUUAAUGAACUGAGAAAUGAGCUGCUUCUCGUCACCCAAGAAAAAGAAAAUUAUAAAAGACAGUGUCAUAUGUUUACUGAGCAAAUCAAAGUGUUACAGCAGAGGAUAUUGGAAAUGAAUGACAAAUGUGUGAAGAAGGAGAUAUGCCAUCAGUCUACUGAAACUGAUGCUGUAUUUUUACUUGAAAGUGUUAAUGGCAAAUCUGAAAGCCCAGACCAUGUAGUAUCUCAGUAUCAGCAAGCUUUGGAAGAAAUAGAAAGGCUGAAAAAACAGUGUAGUGCUUUGAAACAUGUAAAGGCUGAAUGCAGUCAGUGUUCCAGUGGUGAGAGUAGAAGUGAAAUGGACGAAAUGGUUGUGCAGCUUGAUGAUGUAUUUAGACAGCUGGACAAAUGCAGUAUUGAGAGGGACCAGUAUAAAAGUGAGGUUGAAUUACUGGAAAUGGAAAAAUCACAAAUCCGUUCGCAGUGUGAAGAACUGAAAAAUGAGAUUGAACGAUUAAAAUCUACAAGUCAACAGAUAGGAGCAGAUGUGUCAACUUCAAGUAACAUCGAGGAGUCUGUAAAUUAUACUGAUGGGGAAAGCCUCAAACUUCGAUCUCUUCGAGUUAACGUAGGACAGCUGCUGGCCAUGAUUGUACCUGAUCUCGAUCUUCAGCAAGUGAAUUAUGAUGUUGAUGUAGUUGAUGAGAUUUUAGGACAAGUUGUUGAACAAAUGAGUGAAAUCAGUAGUACUUAAAGGAUAUUUUAUGUGAGAUAAUAAAAGUAUUUGCUCAACCCUUCUGGUUGUACAGCUUUCAAAAUGUAAACAAGUUUGUUAUAGAGAUGAUAGGCAACAGACUGAAGAACCAUAAUCUUUUCUGUAUUCUAUGCAUUCAAGUGUGGACACAAAUAUGUGGACACAUUAUCACACCUUUUGAAAUGCCUGUGAAUCAUUGGUAUUGAGCAGCUACAUAGCUAACUCAUGAUUCUGCUUUGAAAUGUAAAUAUUUGUAAUUAAGUUUGCACAUAUUUUUUUAUUACCCUAGAGGACUCAAGUGUUUUCUCACGAAGAGGUUUUCAGGUUGCCCCUAACCUUUGUGCAAUCUUUUCUGGUUCCCCAAAGUGUAUUUUUCUCUGACUUGAGGGCUGUGCCAUAAGACAAAUGGGAACAUUACCUUUGAUUUUCUUACAGAGAAGUUUAAAACAGGGUUUUAAAAGAUGAAAUAACACUCCUGAUAAGUUGUAAGUGAGUUGAGUAUUAAUGUUUCUGCUGUAAAUUCUUACCUCCUGAAAUAUUUUAUUCAUGAAAACAAGGUGAGGAGAAACUCGUUCCAUUUUGCCAAGACUUUUUGUGUGUGCUGAGAUUGCCAAUCAUGGUUAAACAAAAAGUGUUUUUCUGGAAAGAAGUAAUGAUCUUUAGUAUAAAAAAAGUAUCAAAAAUAUAACAUGUCCCACCACAUUUACUUUGAAGCCCAUUUUUGGCUGCUUAGUCCACAUGGGGUGGGCACAAUAAUUGUUUAAUAUUUUUUUUCUGAGAUUUCCUGUACAGAGUUUUGUAGGUUUACUGCAGGUUAAUGCGAGUUGAAGAAGACCAUCUUUUGCCAGUGAUAUUGCAUACCUUUUAUUAUUAUUACAAACCUAAGUGUUUUAUAUCCUGGAUGAAGCAACAAACCCCUUAGGAUUAUAGUAUUACGUGCCAUAAAAAUUAUGCUUUAUUGGUCCCAUGUUUUGUGCAAUUUCAAAGAGAUGGCUUUCUAUUAAGUGUAACUAUGUAUAUAUAAUUAAGAAUCGUAUUUUCCACAACUGAAAUGUGCAUUAUUUUUUCAAAGUUUUAUCAUUGCUAUUUAUUUUAACUUUUGUUUCUGAACAUUCAAUACAUGUUUUUUUUGUAUGCUUAAUUACAUGUCUGUCUUGUACAAUAUUCAAUUUUUACUGUAUAUUAACUUCUAGGAAAAGCAAAUAAAUUAAGAUUGUUUUUAUUUGCUUGAUAAAGUAAUUGAAAGUGUAUUUUUGGUAUGAAGCUGGUUUUCUGUCACAAUUGUAUCUGCUUAAAUUUUAAAAUAUCUUGUAAUAAAAUAAAAAUAUAUAUGAUGGCUAACUUCA